AUGUCAUCACUUAUUGAUGAGGAAGAAAAGGGAGAAUUAAAUAAUGUAACCACCCAAAAGGGGAAUGCAGAUUUUAGAAGAAGAAAGAAUUGGUCAGAACGGAUUCUUGUAGAACUGACCGGUCUACUUCAUGUUCUCUCUCCAACUGGAAAAAUAUUGUACUGCUCAGAAUCAAUACUGGAAUUAACAGGCUAUAGACCUCAUGAGUUGGUAGGUCAAGCACUUAUGGACUUUUUGCACGUUGACGACAUGGAUGUGUUUAUAAGGGAUUUUCAAAUGUCCUUUCAUACGCGCUCACAGAUUAAGACCUACUACCGAUUUAGGAAGAAGGAUGAUACAUACAUUAUAUUUGAAGUCGUUGGUCAGCCCAAGACUGAAGUGCCUGGACAGACAUCACAGGCAUUUUUUGGUAUCGCACAGCCAGUGCCGACCAAAGGUGGUGCACUAAUUGAUUCAUUUCUGGAGCUGAAGUCAGAAAACAACUGGUUGAGACAGAGGAUUGACGAAUUAUCAGCAAAACAUGGAAAAGUAUCCAUUCCUGGUGACGAAAAACAGAGCCAGCAGAUAGUGUCUAAGGAGACUAAUAUUGCUCAUAUGACCACAACACUGAGAGAUCCAUUUAUUCACAGCAGUCAUCACAAGAGCGCCAUGGACCAUGACUCAAGUGACCCGAGAAAAAACGUGGGGAAUAGAACAGAGUGGUUGGAUGCAACUGAAAUGAAAGACAUGAUGUAUAGUGCAAAGGAUACCUUACCAUCUGAAGAGACAGCUGAGAGAAAGGACAAAUCGAAGCGUCGAAAAAAGAGCAGAGGCUCUGAUGAAUACGUUUGUAAGGAUUGUGGUACGACAUCAUCACCGGAGUGGAGAAAGGGUCCUCAGGGGCCAAAAACCCUCUGUAAUGCUUGUGGACUUCGGUGGUCCAAGAAGAAUAAGAAAAAGGAUUUAAAUGGAGACUGGUAG